GAAAAGCUCUUCCACCCUGCCCAAAACUCUUACACACGUACCUGGGGGCUGCACAGGAAGCAGGCAGGACAGCAUGGUGCGGCGCGUGGCAGUGGUGGGCGCAGGCGUCAGCGGGCUGGCAGCCACCAAGUGCUGCCUGGAAGAGGGGCUGGAGCCCAUCUGCUUCGAGCAGAGUGAGGACGUCGGGGGUCUCUGGCGCUACACAGACCAGGCAGAGGAAGGCAGAGCCAGCAUCUACCGCACCGUCUUCACCAACUCCUGCAAAGAGAUGAUGUGUUACCCUGACUUCCCCUUCCCUGACGACCACCCCAACUACAUGCACAAUGCCAGGGUCCAGCACUACAUCUGCAAGUACGCCGAGCACUUUGACCUGCUCCGGCACGUACAGUUCAAGACCCUGGUCACCAAGGUUAAAAAACGCCCAGACUUUUCUGUGACGGGGCAAUGGGAGGUGGUGACCCAGAGAGAUGGGAAGGAAGAGACGGCGGUUUUUGAUGCUGUUAUGGUUUGCUCUGGGCAUCACGUCUACCCAAACCUCCCCCUCGCUGAUUUUCCAGGAAUACAGAAGUUUAAAGGCUGCUACUUCCACAGCAGAGAGUACAAGGAGCCAGAGAAGUUCAGAGGGAAGAAGGUGCUGGUGGUAGGCUUGGGCAACUCUGGCUGUGACAUUGCUGUGGAGCUCAGCACCGUGGCAUCGCAGGUCUACCUGAGCUCCCGAAGCGGGUCCUGGGUGAUGAGCCGUGUCUGGGACAAUGGCUACCCCUGGGACAUGUUGGUCAUCACUCGUUUCCGGACCUGGCUGGGGAACAUCCUCCCCAGGGCACUCAGUGACUGGCUGUAUGUGAGAGGCAUGAACCGGUUCUUCAAGCAUGAGAACUUUGGCCUCAUGCCACUGAACAGAACUUCCCGCAAGGAGCCAGUGUUCAAUGACGACCUCCCGAGCCGCAUUGCCUGCGGCGUAGUGGUUAUGAAGCCAAAUGUGAAGGAGUUCAGAGAGACGUCCGUCUUGUUCCAAGACGGGACUGUGCAGGAUGAUGUCGAUGCAGUCGUCUUUGCCACUGGUUACAGUUACUCCUACCCUUUCAUGGAGGAUGAUUCCAUCAUCAAAAGCAGGGACAAUCAGGUCACCCUCUACAAAGGCAUCCUCCCUCCUCUGCUCGAGAAGCCAACCAUGGCAGUCAUUGGGCUGGUCCAGUCCCUUGGACCCAUCAUCCCAACAGUGGACCUCCAGUGCCGCUGGGCAGUCAAGGUGUUUCAGGGACAGUGCAUGCUCCCCCCAGUCAGUGAGAUGAUAGAUGAUGUUGAUGAGAAGAUGGGGAAGAAGCUCAAGUGGUACGGGAGCAGCACCACGCUGCAGACGGAUUAUAUCGCCUACAUGGACGAGCUGGCCUCGGCCAUCGGUGUGAAGCCCAACGUGCUGAAGCUCCUGCUCACAGACCCAUGGCUGGCCCUGGAGGUCAUCUUUGGCCCCUGCAGCCCCUACCAGUUUCGGCUGAUGGGCCCGGGGAAGUGGAACGGGGCCAGAAAGGCCAUCCUCACUCAGUGGGACCGAACGCUGCAGGCCACGCGGACGCGCAUCACCCCCACCACCCCCACUGCCUUCCCCUGCCUGGCCAUGCUGGUGAUGUUCUUCCUCCCACUCCUCCUCCUCCUCACCACCCUUUACUUCUAG